CAAAGACGACCCUAUAUAAACACAGCCACUGCCCUAAUUUGGUUUGCAAUCGGUCAAGCACCUCAAAACCCUAUCCCCGUCUCUUCUCAGCGUCUGCUUCUCUCAGAUCUGUAGAGAACUUGAAAUCUGAUAACAUGGCCCACAAGAGGAACGAAUUCGGAGAUGGCGCUAGCCCGGGAAAAAUCUUCAUCGGCGGUCUGGCAAAAGAUACGACCUUAGAUCAAUUUGUGAAGUACUUCGGGAAGUAUGGGGAAAUCACCGACUCAGUUAUAAUGAAAGAUCGCCAAACAGGAAGACCCAGAGGAUUUGGGUUUAUUACAUACGAAAAUCCUUCAGUUGUCGACACUGUUAUUGCUGAAACUCAUAUAAUCAAUGACAAACAAGUUGAGAUAAAGAGGACUAUUCCCAAAGGAUCAUCUGAAUCUAAGGAUUUCAAGACAAAGAAAAUCUUUGUUGGAGGAAUUCCUACUUCUAUGUCUGAAGAUGAGUUCAAGGAUUUCUUCUCCAAGUAUGGGAAAGUAACUGAACAUGAAAUCAUAAGAGACCAUGUGACAAAGAGAUCAAGAGGCUUUGGAUUUGUUGUAUUCGACAAUGAUCAAGUAGUUGACACAGUACUGGCUGAUGGAAACAUGAUUGAUAUGAUGGGUACCCAGGUUGAGAUCAAGAAAGCAGAACCAAAGAAACCCUCAAACCCUGCACCUGCUCCCGCUUAUGGUAGUAACCCUAGGGGUCGUGGUUAUGGAGAUAGUUAUGGUGGGUUUGAUAAUUCCUAUCCAAGUUAUGGCGGUGGAGGUUUUGGCCCUGCCGCCGCCCCUUAUAGGUCUUAUGGUGGAGGUCUUGGUGGUAGGUUUGGUGAUUAUCCUCCUAUUGGUGGUGGUGAAUUUGGGGGUCGCUAUGGUGAUUACGGUGCUAGUGAAUUUGGCGGGUAUCGAGGAGGAGAGCCCCCACUCAGCAGCUACUCGAGUCGCUUUGGCUCAUAUGGGAGUGGCGGUGGCAGUGGCUUUGGUGGUGGGGGUUAUGGUGGAGGUGGGCUAGGCGGGUAUGGACGUGGAGGUGGUUAUGGUGGGUACGGUGGGGCUGGUGGGGCUGGUGCAGGUGCAGGAUAUGAUUCUGGUCCUGGUGCUGGUUAUGGUGGACCAGCAGGCUUAUAUGGAAGUAGGGGAGGCUAUAGUGGUGGUGGGCGUUAUCAUCCAUAUGCCAGGUAGAUGGGUCCUAUUAAUAAGGCAAGUCUUCACCAUAGGAGAGUUCCCAUUCAGGUUAUUGCAUCUUGUGCCCCCAGGUUGAGAUUAGAUAUUCAGAGCACUAAGCAAGGAUAUGCUGUAACAGUGGAAGAACGAACCAUUAGUUUGUUUCAAUCUACUUGUGUCUUAGAUCAUUCUCAUGUUGUUAGUGUUGUUUUGUCAAUUAGUUAGACAUUUCUUAUGUUAUGAAGGAAGCACGAGUCGUUUAGAACUCAUUAAGAGACUUUUUACUGUAUUAUUAAGGCGGAUUUGAUAGACAUAAGUACUUUCUAUGAAGCUUUUGUGACUUUAUUUAGC